AUGAAAACAUUAAAAGUUUCAUUAAAAAGACACUCAAACAUAAGAUGGUCUUCGAAAUCCAAUGCCAUAAAACUAUUGAAUACUCAAAUUAAAGAAGUUUAUGGAGUACUUCAAAAUAUGAUAGCCAAUUAUUUAAAUGCUGACACUACUUCCUCUGCUCAAAGUCUACUCAAAAAGAUUAAUUUAACAUUUCUUUUAUACCUUGAUGUCUGGAAUCAAAUAUUAGGUCAAGUUGAUCGUGCUACUAAAGCUUUACAAAUGAAAACUUUGACUUUGUAUAAAGCUGAAAGUCUGAUUCAGGCAUUAGAAAAUUCACUACAGGAAUUUCGUAAUACAGAAUUCGAAGAAAAUGUUAUUCGUACUUCUACAUUAGUUACUACUUUGGGAAUAACAAACACAUUCAUGAGAUUAAAAAAAAAGAAAAGAUUAGAAUUGUACGAAGGACAGUAUUAUGGAAUACAUAUUUCGGAAAUUCAACAACUUCGCAUCAAUAUUAACAAUGCAGUUGAUGUUUUCAAAAACCAACUCAAUGGGAGAUAUGAAAAGUUAAUGGAAGUUGCUGAUGAUUUUGGAGUUUUGUCUGGUGCAUCAUUGUACAACAUGAGUACUAUAGAAUUCAAAAAAGCCGCGAUGGAUUUAGCAAUGAAAUACGAAAAAGACAUCAAUGGUGCAGAAUUUAUUGAUGAGAUUUCCGAUUUUCAGCACGUAGUGAAAUCAAUUAUUGCUGACCAUAUUAAAUCUGCAACAGUUAUUGAAUUACUUCAGCUGAUUCAAGACUACAAUUUAAAAGAAUCGUAUCCAAACAUAGAAAUUGUAUUUAGAAUCUUUUUGACAAUGCCUGCAGUAAACGUAGCUUUAGCAAACUCAAACUCAUAA